UUUCAGCUGAAUUUUAAAGCAUCUUUUACUAUGGACUCUUCUGACGAGAAUGAUAUAAUGGUUAAAAAUAUGUUGGAACAAAUUGAUGAUAAUUUUGAUUAUACUGGUCUACCUUCAAAUAUUAUAAUAACUAAUGUUUCAAAUAAUGUAUUCACGGAUCAUAAUGUUAAAGCUAAAUUCGAGAAAUUAUUUGAAGAAGGUUCUCACGUAAAGAACGUGAUAUAUUUGCCCAGCUUCAAGAGGGUCCGAGUUGACUUCGAUUCCCCCAAAUCCGCCACAUAUUUCCGUAUCGUUUUGAACGAAAUUCGAUUUGAAGAGAAUAUUAUGAAAGCCUUUUUCAUUCAAGAUCCAUUACAAAUAUCGACCGAAACUCAUCUGAAAAUUCCUCCUCCUUUUCGAAAUUUUCUCAUUUCUCCACCCUGUUCACCCCCCGAAGGUUGGGAACAAGCACCCGAAGCUCGACCGGUUCUCAACUACGAUCUCAUAUCUGCUCUGGCUCAAUUAACACCAGGCGAAUCCCAUGAAUUACAUCCGGAGACUCAUAAAACCCCUAAAAUCAUAGUUCACAUAGCGAAAGAUGAAAAUGAUGAAGAUGACGAAGAAGAAAGUUCAGAAGAUCCAGAUUCUUCUAUAGCACAAGAUAAUGAGAUUCCCAAAAAAUCAAAAAAGAAAAAGGAUAAAAAAUUUAGCAUAAAAGCCUUACCUAGUACAGCUAUCCAUACCCCACGGCCUCCUUUAAAAACUCAAUAAUAUACGAUCAUGGCACUAAUUUAUUUUUGCAAAUAAAAAUAUUAAGAAAAUCUUAAAAUUUAACUUCUUAAUUAGUUAAUAAAGAUAUUCAUGAAUUAUUUUAAUUUUAAAUUUGACUCAGUAGGAAGUAUAUUCAUUACUUUUCAAGAUACAAUGAUUAAAAGCAUUCGAAUUUUAGAACUGAAUGCAAACUAUUUGUGCAAUAUCAUUAAACUCAUUUUA